CAUGAGCUAGGGAACAGCAAGGAGGCAUCGAAGCAUCCAGGCUACUAAUGUUAGGAUUGGAGGUCAGAAGCCGUUUUGUCGGGGGACCGGGCAGCCUUUUAAUGGACUAAGCCGGGAGCCAGCCUUUUCUUUCGUCCUCUCCCACCCCUGCCUUGCAAAAAGGGCAUUGCUUUCCAUGACAAGACCAGACCUUGCGGGGCUGAUGGUCUGGCUGCAGCAUGACAGGACAGACUGCAGGAGGCUGUGAGGAUUGCUGAAGAUGUCAGAGAGCCUGGAUACUGAAGAGAAACCACCAGCCCCUCCACUGAGAAUGAACAGCAGCAACCGCGAUUCCUCAGCACUUAACCACAGCUCCAAACCUCUCCCCAUGGCUCCAGAAGAGAAGAACAAGAAGGCCCGGCUACGCUCCAUCUUUCCAGGAGGGGAUAAAACCAAUAAGAAGAAAGAGAAAGAACGUCCCGAAAUCUCUCUCCCUUCAGACUUCGAACACACCAUCCAUGUGGGCUUUGACGCGGUCACUGGGGAAUUCACCGGAAUUCCUGAACAGUGGGCCAGGCUGCUACAGACCUCCAAUAUAACAAAACUGGAACAGAAGAAAAACCCACAAGCUGUUCUGGAUGUCCUCAAAUUCUAUGAUUCCAAAGAGACAGUAAACAACCAGAAAUAUAUGAGCUUUACAUCAGGAGAUAAGAGCGCCCAUGGAUACAUUGCAGCUCAUCCUUCGAGCACAAAGACGGCAUCAGAACCCCCCCUAGCCCCCCCAGUUUCAGAAGAAGAGGAUGAGGAAGACGAAGAAGAAGAGGAUGACAACGAGCCACCACCUGUUAUUGCUCCACGUCCAGAACAUACAAAAUCAAUUUACACGCGUUCUGUAAUUGAACCUGUUGCUGCACCGCCCCCUGCUAAAGAACCUACGACACCCCAGCCUGAGAACUCCAACACCAACACUUUGUACAGGAACACAGACCGGCAACGGAAAAAGUCCAAGAUGACCGAUGAGGAGAUCUUAGAAAAAUUAAGAAGCAUCGUGAGUGUCGGAGACCCCAAAAAGAAAUAUACACGGUUUGAAAAAAUUGGCCAAGGGGCUUCAGGUACAGUUUAUACAGCGAUAGACAUUGCAACAGGGCAGGAGGUCGCUAUAAAACAAAUGAAUCUCCAGCAGCAACCCAAAAAAGAAUUAAUAAUUAAUGAAAUCCUGGUCAUGAGGGAAAAUAAGAAUUCGAACAUUGUGAACUAUUUAGACAGUUACCUUGUCGGCGAUGAACUUUGGGUCGUAAUGGAGUACUUGGCUGGGGGCUCAUUGACGGACGUUGUUACUGAAACGUGUAUGGAUGAAGGACAGAUAGCCGCUGUCUGUAGGGAGUGCCUGCAAGCUCUGGAUUUCUUGCAUUCAAACCAAGUGAUCCAUAGAGACAUCAAGAGUGACAACAUCCUUCUUGGGAUGGACGGAUCUGUCAAACUGACUGACUUUGGUUUCUGCGCUCAGAUCACUCCUGAGCAGAGUAAACGGAGUACAAUGGUGGGGACCCCUUACUGGAUGGCGCCAGAAGUGGUAACAAGGAAAGCGUACGGCCCCAAAGUGGACAUCUGGUCUUUAGGGAUCAUGGCAAUAGAAAUGGUGGAAGGAGAACCUCCGUAUCUCAAUGAAAAUCCUCUCAGGGCUUUGUAUUUGAUAGCCACAAACGGGACACCGGAACUUCAGAACCCAGAGAGGCUUUCUGCCGUUUUCCGAGACUUUUUGAACCGCUGCCUGGAGAUGGACGUUGACAGGCGAGGGUCUGCGAAGGAACUCUUGCAGCAUCAGUUUUUAAAAUUGGCCAAGCCACUCUCCAGCCUGACUCCGUUGAUCAUUGCCGCGAAGGAGGCGAUAAAGAACAGUAGCCGUUAGCCCUUGGGAGGAGCACAUGCCCAUUCCGUCGCAGCGGGACUGAACCAAAACUCUUGUCAAACCUCAGACUCUUCUGCCGCAGGAUGGGCGGGCUGAAAGCAACACUGUCAAGGUCAACAGGGGGUGAGGGGAGGCAGUCCUCUGCCCCUCCCCUAGAAGAGAAACCUAUCACGUGUCUUCUACUUCCCUCUCUCAGAUUCCUUAAUUUAUUUCUAAGGUGAGCAGGAGCCUCAUCAAUAGAGGUGGGACCGGAAGCCUUUUUGCCCAUGUGGCUAUUUCUGGGAGGGGGGCACCAAUGGCACCGCACCGCAUGAAUGCUCCGCGCACUCACAGGAACAGCAGCCCGGGACAGGAACGGCAGCCCGGGUGGCCCCCUUUUCCUUCUGACUCUUUUCUGUUUGGCUUUGAAACUGCAGUCAGGUCCUCUUUCACUCCGCCUAUUCAGAAAGGAUCCAAACUGUUUGCUAGCUGUUGGUCUGUUCGCUGGUCAUGCCAUGAGGAGGAUCACGAGGAAGUUUGCUUUAUUUAACCAAAAAAAUAAUAAUGAUGGUGAUGAUGAUGAUAAUAAUAAACCAAGAAGCAGAUCAAUUCCAGCAUCCUCUUUUGGGGGUUCAUGCUUUGAAAUCUAGAAUACUGAUAGCAUUACGUUCCUGGGCAGCGUGAUGAUGAUGUCAUGAAUAUUGGUGCUUUUGUGUUGGUGAGUUUUUCCUUCUCAAAAGACUAAACAAAAAUAGAAUCCACAUUGUUCUAUCUGGGCUCGUAGGACAGAACAGCUAUACCUACAUGG